GGAAGCGGAUAUGCACAAGAGGUCACCGCUGGUUUUCAAGAUGGCGGCCCUCAAUGUGCUGCUGUCCCCCUGUGGACGGCUGCUUCGAGGGCUCCUGGCUAGCCCGAUCGCGACCAGCUGGGCUCGGCUUCCAGCUCGCGGGUUCAGGGAAGUGGUGGAGACCCAAGAAGGGAAGACGACUAUAAUCGAAGGCCGGUUAACGGGGACUCCCAAGGAGAGCCCAAACCCCCCCAACCCCUCUGGCCAGUGCCCCGUCUGCCGGUGGAACUUGAAGCACAAGUACGGCUAUGAGGAUGUUCUGCUGCUCAGUCAGUUCAUCCGGCCUUGCGGAGGCCUGCUGCCUCGAAGGGUCACAGGCCUGUGCCAGGAGGAGCACCGCAAGAUUGAGGAGUGUGUGAAGAUGGCCCACCGAGCAGGUCUCUUGCCAAAUCACAGGCCUCGGCUUCCUGAAGGAUAUGUUCCAAAGAGCAAACCCCAACUCAACCGGUACCUGACCCGCUGGUCGCCCCGCUCUGUCAAGCCCAUCUAUAACAAAGGCCACCGCUGGAACAAGGUGCGCAUGGCCGUGGGGUCACCCCUCCUGAAAGACAACGUCUCCUACUCAAGAAAGCCUCUGAUGCUGCAUCACUGACUGGGAGCAGGGCUCCCUGAGGGUGUGACCAGAGCUCCCGCACGCGGGCCCAUCCUGCCACGGCGGCCCAGCUCCUGCGGCAGGUGCGGCGGGCAGUGGGACUGACUUCAGUGCCCUCGGCCUGCCUGGCAGCAGCACCGGCAGAGGGGGGCGGUGGUGAAGGGUCCCUGAGCAGCAGCUGUGGUCUCAUGACCGCCUUGGGUCACGCUCAGUGCUGGGCACCAGGAGCUCUCCCCAAAGGAGCAUCAUAAACCAGGCUCUCGGACUCUGCC